AUGGAAAAACAGAACGUGAUGGAAUUUGACUACACUGAGAACGAUUUACAAGAUCUUUCGGAAUGGGGUGACAGUCUUGAGUUUGAUGACCUUUCCGAUCAAAGUGAGGCGAGGGAAGAACCGCUAGCCAAGAGGCAAAAAACAGCUGAAAUUAGCAGAGAUGGUGGCGAUGGACAUGUGCAAGGAGCUGGUAAGCAAAAUAAGGGCUCGAUUGCAAAAAUCAGUGCAGCCCCGUAAGUUACUUAUGCGUGCAGUAUUCGAACACACAUAGAACACUGAUAUUGAUUAUACUAAUGACGUUGAUCAUCAGUUGAUCAAGCGAAAUGUUAGUUCAAUUUUAUUUAUAAUUGUCGAGUACUAUGCUGAGAAGAAUAAUUUUAAGCACAGGCAACUCAGAAGGACGGUAAUGAUAUAUUAUCAGGAUUAUAGCGUGACAAAAGGGGAUCGGAGCUGGAGAGUCGACUAUAUUCCAAUGACGAGCAGUCGAAAAAUAUGUAAUUAAUAUUGUUCCAAAUAAUAUUCCUUUAUCAAUUUUAUAUCAUUUUUAUUUAUUUAAGUCCUGGUUAAUUUUCAACAGAAAUUCAAUAUUCAAUCUUAGUGUCUGCAUCCCCAUGACAAAACAUUACUUGCUACGGGAAGGAUGUUACUACUGUUCUCAGACCAAUCAAAUGUUUAGGGAUUGUCCUUCUCGCAAUAGGUGCCGUUUUGUUUCAGGGGCACGGUCACUUGGAUUGAAUAUUCAAAUCUCAUAGUAAGCCUAUUCAUCAUGCGGCUUAUGGCAGCUGUUAAAAUUUGCUAUUUGCCAGGUUUAGUAUUACGAAUUCCAGCAGAGUUUAGCUGCAGUGGAAACGUCAUUUCUAGCAGACUCAAGGAAGUACCUGGUCAGAGUGGUUAUUUGGCUACUGGAAUCUUCAGCGCGUGAGUUGGCUUGUCAAUAAAAAUAAGUUCUAAUCAUACACAUAAUACCGUAAAAAAUUCCAACGUAAGCCCCAGGGUUGUCUUAAAGGAUUUUCUCAGGGGCUUAUUCUGAAAUGUUAUGGUAACUUUUAAAGUGUCAUGGAUUUAACUCUACGUACACUGAAUGCAAUGGAAAAGUAGUCUGGGGUUAACAUGGAUUAAAAAAAACCUUAAAGGGGAUAUCAGAGAGUGGAAAGAGGAAAAAAUGGCAGAUGAGAAAUGACUGUACAAGAUCCACAACAGGGUUGGAAAAAACCCUUGAAAGAAAGCUUGGCCUUUGGGCAAGCAGCCGUCACAUUUUGGACAUUUUGCUUUCCCAAGGCCACUUCUUGCUUUUCAUAGUUAAUUUUUUUGCUAAAGAACGACUUACCUGGAACCCUGCCUAUUGGGCAAGUAAGCUCUAAAAGUUACUUGCCCAGCAAGAUAGUCUUAUUGUCCUAGACUAGCAGAUGGGACAUUUUUCGAGCCCUGGUACAGGUGGUAGCAAAUUUAGAAGUGUAGCAUGACAUAGUGGAAAAUGUAUCACUUAUUAACUCACCCUUAACCGAACAAUUUCAGUGCUCGAAAUAAGAAGUUAAUAGUGUUAAUGUUGGUUCAGGAGAGGGUAGGUAUGCUGACAUGAAAUAAUUUAACCCCUAUGUCAGAAAUGAUAAGAAGGGGUCGUGUUAACAAGCCAGGGAAUUUUCAGAGUGAAAUAGUGAAAAGUAAAUAGAUACUGUUGCAGUGGAGAGAAGUGACCACCCGAAAUAUGUCUGCAUUUGCCUGCUAUGCCCACCCAUAAAUAAAUUACCUUGACAUCGUGACUUGAUAACUUUGUCUUACUAUCUUGAGUACCGGUCCUCUUGUAGGACACAGUUAGGGACAAAAGAGAAAUAUUUUCGGAAUAUAAAUUCAGGAAAUUGAUCCUUUUUUCGCUUUACAGAAUUCUUCAUAGUGAUGGUGUUUACCCAAACCUUUUCAAUGACUCUGUCAUCAAGCUUUUUGGAGCAAACUUUGUGAUGGCCAAUGCUCUACCUCAGCACAUGGAAACCUUAUUUUUUAUGCUCAGGUAAUCACCAUUUAUAUUUUUUAGUGUGAACUGGUAACCUGUAACACCCUUAAUUUGUGUCAUCAAUAAGUGGGAAAUGGGCUUUCACUAAGGGGCCAGGGGAGGGGAAUUUGCGUGGGCUACUAUUAGCGUGUCCACUGGCUACUUUCUUAGGAAACAAAAGGAGAUUAGAACUUAAAGAAAUUCCCAGCUGUUCAAUUCCCCAGUUAAUCAUAACUAUGACAAAAUUCUCAAAUCGGAUUGGCUAUCAACUGUCCUGAUUUCAGCACUAAUAGGACAGUAUGUGUCAUGCCCAGAGCUGUCAUUAAGGGCCGUAACCUGUAACACCUGUUACAGCUGAACUCACUUGAUGUUAGGUGAUCAAAGUGGAAAGCUAAAGGAGGCACUAUAAAUUAUGAGAUGUUACAGGUGAAUCUUCUUGUGCUACGGCUGCUGAAAAACUUAAUGACAGCCCUGAUGCCUAAGUAAUUGCAAUGGACAGUAUGCACCAUCACACACUUGCACUUAAAUGGCUUUUUUUAAAGCUAUAACAAAAAACUUAAGAAGUUUCUGGUGUUUUAAUAUAAAAAAGCCUAAAGUAUCACAAAUUUUGUUACAGAUACGAAUAAUUGAUAAUAGAACUUUGUGUCGUCCAAUUCAGUGUGUAAUCAUACUCAUGAUUAAACAAAUUGGGCUCCCACUACGAGAUUGUUUGAUUUUGUUUAUCACUUGUAUGAUUACAGACCGAAUUGGACUCCUAUUGAUAGUUAACCAUUAGUAAUUCCUAUCACCAAUAUUAAUAAUAAAUUUAUUGCUUAUGCCCAGCAGCUUGAAAACUCUGCCAUGAAAAUGAAAUGAAAAAAAUGAACACUCAGUCAUCCUCUCCCCUUAUGGGGCUUUUCAGGGAAAAUGAAACAAAUAAAUAACUUAAAUGGAAAAUAUGAAGGUUAAGAAUCCCAUUGGUAGGAUGCGAACCAGUUGGCUAUUUACAAGUGUGGUGGAGGAUUUGAGCUCGGGACUGGUACCAAGAACAAAUCCAGUGGCUUUAACCACUUUGAUGAACUAACCAUGUGUGCGUCAUGUUAAAUGGAUAAAAAUAACGGUGAUUUUAUGAAUUUCAUAAAUUGCAACUGCGCAGCGAAGAAAUAGAUGCAAAGACAAUUAAUGCAGUCAAAGAAGCAACUUAUGCAGUUGCAAAAAGAAACCUGAAACAAUUCAGGUUUGAUGGGAUUCGAACCCUGACCUUUCCAAUACUGGUGCAGCUCUUUAACCAGUCGAGUUAUCAAGCCAACUGGGAACUCAUGGUCAUUAAAAUGGUUUGUAAUAUCAGGGUUGUCAUUAAGUGGCAGGGGCUGGGAUUUCCCUGGCUGCUAUGAUCAUGGCCCGCGGCUACUUUCAAAGGAAAAUAGAAAAAAAAAAUAGAACCAAUGACAAUGCCCACCUACUUGUUGUAUUUACCUGGCAACUUGAAAUCUUAGUGAGAGCCCUAAAUAUUCCCAGGAAAGAUGAUGUGACUAUUGUGAGACAAAUGAUAAACGGCGAGUCUACAAUACACAUGCUGUCAUAUUUCCCAUGAUGAAGAUAUUAUUUUAUUCUAGUGGUCACGAGUAGUUUGUCAUGUUUGAUAGCAUGUUACCAUAUCCUUUAUAAUUUAGAGUGAAUGUUGCUUUCAAUCAUACAAAACUAGUACUGCGCUUUAGAGAAACAACAGAAUUAUUAUUAAUUAGAUUUGAUCUUAUAGGCAGCAGGUUUUCAAGUUGGAAAGUGAUGGAACCAUAACAAUGCUGACAGGUAAAGGUUCUAUUCUAAAUAUGAAUGUUUUUAUAUUAAGAAAAAAAAAGGAGAAAUAAGUAAAUUCCCCUCGCGUACAAGUAAGUACCAUUAUUUUUAAAGCUUUUGGGGCUUGUAGUUUUGAAUAGAUGCCAGAUAUUAAAAUCCGCAGCCCUGUUUCCUCAUUGGAUACCAGGAUAUAUUCCCCUGUUGUCAUGAUAAUGAGCUAAAGUUGAUAAUCAAAUGAACUUGUCUUUCCAGAUGAUGUACACCUGCGCUGUCUUGAGCUUCGAAGGAAAUGCAGUAAAUUUUGUGCCUUCCUGUUAUAUUUUGUAGACAAGUAAGUUGUGGGUCAUGAUGUCACAGUUUAGUUUGGUAUUUAUGUAGCAAAGAGAACAUGUACAGGAACAUGUCGUAAUGCGAAUAUGUAUUACCAAAAAGGUUUUCCACCUGCUCUGGCGGAUACACUUAGUAUAGAAAAUUCCAAGACUCAGAGCAAAAGUUGAGACAAAAAGCGAUUUGUUUGUCGGAAUCGCUUGAACUUAAUCAGGAUCAUGAAGUGAUGAGUUGCAUGACAGAGAAGUUGUUAUCUAUCCCCAAGAGAGGAUUGUAAAUAGCCCACGUUUGAUAUGUUAAAAUUCUAACAUGACUCUGAGGCUUCAGGGUCAAAAUUGCAAAUAUCUCACGACUCCAUUGUCCCACAACUCCCAGAAGAGACCUGAGCACAAAGACGACCAAACCAAAUAUAGAAAUAUGACCAGAAAGCCUCGGAGUCAUGUUAGAACUUUGAUGAAUCAAACAAGGGCUAUUGCCGGUAGAUCCAGGCCCUUGUCUCUAUUCAGAGAGGGUUUUCUCUGUUUGAUAGCAAUGGCCCCCUUGACGCAGCGUUUGAUGGUGCUAUUUUCGUCGGAUAGUGCCUUUAAAUUGUGCAUGUUGUGACUUCAUAACAUCCCCUUACUACCUUAAGGACUGUUAUAGGACACAGUUAGGAACAAGAGGUGAAUAUCUGGGAAGUUGAUCCUCUCCUUGCUUCACAGAAUUCUGCAUAGUGAAGGUCUCUACCCAAACCUUUUCAAUGAUUCUGUCAUCAAGCUUUUUGGAGCAAACUUCGAGAUGUUUCGGAUAUUCUUUUUUUGUCUCAAAUUUUGCUCUAAUCUUUGGAAUUUUGUAUACUAAAUGAGAUGAUGUAUGUUGUUUAAAUAAAGUGAAUUUUUAAUGACAGCAUGAAGCACAAUAGUUAAUUUCCAGUUUUGACAAAAAUACAAGACUUGAAAACAGUAGCGUGAGUUUUGAUAGACGGUAUCUAAUGCUUCCAAAGCCAUCCAAAAAUAGAAAAUCAGUGAUUAAUUUUGUGCUUUAGAAAAUUCAUUUUAAAUGAAAUUUAUCCACCAUUGUUCACAAACUAUUAAAGAAAAAGCUCCUUCGGUUUUUUAAAAGUCUUCCUUGGUGAAUAGAUGAGAUUGUACCAACAUUUAGGUUUCUCGAUCCAGAUUGUGAAAUACUGUCUGAAUCUUUUAGGUUUUUGUCUAUAAAUAUGAACGGAGUAUGCUACACCAGAAAAACUUGACCAAAGUUGUGUAAAGACUUCUUCAAGCUGCCCUUGCCUCUUUCUUUGUCCACAGCUACCUCAACGUCGUUCAAGAAUCCAACGCAAGUGACGCCCAGCUCCACGAGCUGUUUCUUCUGCCAUCAAGACUAACCAGACAACUUGAUGAGUUGUCUUUGUUUCUUGGCCGACUCUCGUCUCUUCCGACCUUCUUUACCAGGACCAACACUCUGUCUACGGGAACUAAACUACGUUUGACCGCUGGAGCUCAUCUGUUUCAUCUUCACUUGGAACUCAAUUGGGCUGCUAUUCAAACCUUGUGCCUGUUACUGCAAAAACAAGGUCAGUGAUUUAAACCCAGGAUUAAUAUGUCAAAUCAGUUAUCUUAAUCAAAGUUUUCUUGACUACGGUCGUGUAGCUGGAGCUUAUAUAGAGGAUAUUACAUGGCCGCGCGGAGAUACGAAAUUUCUCUUCGAGUGUUGAAAAAUAUUUCAUGAGUGAGCGCAGCGAAUGAGUGAAAUAUUUUCAACUCGAGAAGAGAAAUUUCGUAUCUCCAAGCGGCCAUGUAAUGUUCCAUUUUUUACAUAAACACCAAAGAAAUACCAAACCAUUUCAAUGAAACAGUUUUUCCUGCGAAAGGCGCGAUUUAUUAUGUAGCGACAGCAACGGUGAUAUUUUCACAUGUGAAAAUAACAUGUUAUUUUCACGUGUGCAGAUAUCAUGUUUUCGCGCGAAAGCUCACCUAGUAUUUCAUCGGUGUUUAUAUAAUAAAAAAUGUUACUUCCAGUUAUGACUCAAACUGAUGCUGUAGACAAUCUAUAAGAAGUACAUAAAAUCGUGAAGAGAGUAAGGUAAAAAGUAAAGGUUUAGUUGUAUUGGAAACUGUGCGUUUGGGUUUUCGGUUCAGGCACUCCACUCAAAUACUAAGUAAUCCAAAUAUUACGUAUAAACAGGAUUAAAAACCUCAACUGUCAGGAGAUAUUCAGUUGGCUAUUUAAAAGAGUGGCCGGGGAUUGCAAUUCGGGACGCAACCAAAGAAUAAAUCCAGCUAGUGGUGGAAGAGCCAUACAAACUAGGGACAGCCGGCCACGCUGCCUCCGCUUAAAAGUAAAGUCAAAACAUUCCUUACUUGCGAGUCUCUGAUGAACGGUGAGAGAAAAUUGAGACGAAGGAAUGGAGAGAGAGAGAAAGAAGGUCUCUGUCCUUUUCUCUCGCCGUGAGAAGAGUCUAUUUGCGGGGAGUAGUCUUUUUUCUCGCCGGGCGUGACGGGGAAAUACCUCUCCUAGCAGGGAACAACAAAGUCGUGGAUUAGACGUAAAUCCGGGAUUAGCGCUAAUUGGCCUUUCAGGAACCGAGGCGAUAGUCAGUUAUAAUGAAAUUAGCUAAUUGGGCGAUAUAUAGGCUGCAGGGACAAAAAGAAUCAUAUUGGCGGGACAGAGAUUAGAUCCAGACUGGAUGGGAAAAAAAAAUUACGAGGCAGGAAACCAAAAUUCUUACCACGCAGAGCAAAAAAAUUUUUUCGGGAUUUUGCAUCCUAAAACUAACUUUGUCUUCAACUGAGUUGUAUGCAGGUUGUCUAGAGUUCAGUAUUUACAAACAAAAAUCGCGAUAAAAAGUUCCAAGUUCUCAGACGUUUCGCGGGCUUAGCUCUUCUUCUGUUAAAAUACCAGAAAAUAUGAUGAACCUACUUUUGGUUACUUUGAACACAGUAUCAAUGCAAGCUUCUCAAUGCUGUGUAUGGGCAUCAAAAAAAAAAAAAAAAAAAAAAAAAAAAAAAAAACAGAAAGCAAGUACAAGAUGCUGGGAAAAGUGACAAAUAUUAGGAAACAUGUCUCACUAUUUCAAUCAGAAACAUUCAACUUUACUCUCCUUUAACCGAAGUGGUGUUUUAUUUGUUACCAAUUUUGACAAUUAUUUUCUCGAAAUGGGAUGCCCGAGACGUUCUGAGAUGUAAAAAAGACAGAAUUUUCCGUCAAGCGGUUUAACCGAAACUAAGAAAUAAGCGUAAUCAAUGUUAAACAAACCGUACAUUACGCAUGCGCAAUUGAAGUAUAGCGCUGAUGAAUUAAAGAUGAUGACAAUACCGGCGGUAAACCACAUGUAAGAAAGCCGCCAGUGGAAUUAUUGUUUUUCUGAUUCCAGUUCCAGGGUAACUCUGGUUUUCCUUCAACACGCAUAAAUCUUUCGCCUUUUACUAAAG